AUGCCGCGCUAUUUGCUUCUGUCGCUCGUUAUCGCCAGUGGUCGCGUGCUGGCUAAUGCCGCUCUCCCUGCGGUACCGGACGACUACGACGUGCUGCAGUAUAUAGACCCGCUGAUCGGCAGCGCCAAUGGAGGCAAUGUCUUCUCGGGUGCGUCUCUGCCUUAUGGCAUGGCCAAGGCCGUCGCCGAUACCGACUCGGAGAACAACCAGGGUGGUUUCGCCUAUGAUGGUAGCAGUGUCACCGGAUUCUCGAGCAUGCACGAUUCUGGUACCGGUGGAAGUCCUUCGCUCGGCAAUUUUCCUCUCUUUCCAUACGCGCAGUGUGCGGAUGAUGAUGUGAAUGGUUGUGUUUAUCCGAAGAAGGCACGGAAAACAAAAUAUAAACAUGACUCUGUUAAGUCCAGUCCCGGCUACUUUGCCCUGACGCUGGAAUCUGGUGUGAAAGUUGAUAUGACUGCUGCCCAGCACACUUCACUUUUCCGCUUCCAAUUCCCCGCUGAUAGCAGUCCACUAAUUCUGCUGGAUCUCUCGGAUCUAUCCGAUUCGCGCCAAGACAAUGCGACGAUCUCGAUCGACGAGUCCAACGGCCGGAUGAUGGGCAGUGCCAAGUUUUUGCCCAGUUUUGGAAGUGGAGAAUAUGGCCUCCACUUUUGUGCCGACUUUCAUAGUUCUGCUUCGCUGCGUGACAGUGGUAUAUUUGUUGAUGCCCGGGCUAGUGCUGAUGUUCAUGACUUGAAAAUCUCGCGCAGCAUCAAUGGUUAUCCCUUGCCGGGCGGUGGUUUUGUCCGCUUCAAAGCCCCUGCAGAUGGUAUUGUCCAGGCUCGUGUCGGCUUGAGCUUCAUCAGCCCGGAGCAGGCCUGCUCCAAUGCCGAAUCAGAGCUUGCCGACUUUGAUUUUGACUCCACCCACAAGACUGCAGUUGCGCAAUGGACCGAGAAAAUGCGUCCGAUUCGCGUCUCGCGUAAUGGUGUCCAGGACUCUGUCCUUACAAACUUCUACAGCGGCAUCUACCGGACAAUGGUGAACCCUCAGAACUAUACCGGCGAGAACCCACUGUGGACAAGCUCAGAGCCGUACUUUGAUUCUUUCUAUUGUCUCUGGGACUCCUUCCGCUCCCAAAUUCCCUUCCUGACCAUCUUCGAUCCGAGCUCGGUGGCGCAAAUGAUACGCUCUCUGAUCGACACUCAGCGUCACCUUGGCUGGCUGCCUGACUGUCGCAUGUCUCUUUGCAAAGGUUUCACGCAGGGUGGAUCGAACGCUGACAAUGUCCUGGCUGAUGCCUACGUCAAAGGCAUCAAAGAUGGCAUUGAUUGGGAGGCGGGCUAUGCAGCUGUCCAGAAAGAUGCGGAUGAGGAGCCCUUUGACUGGUCCAAUGAGGGUCGUGGGGGCAUGGAAAGCUGGAAAGAACUCAACUAUAUCCCUGUUGAGGAUUUCGACCAUAUCGGUUUUGGAACAAUGACUCGCAGUAUCUCUCGCACUCUCGAGUACUCAUACAAUGACUUCGCCAUUGCCCAGAUGGCCAAUGGCAUGAAUAAGACCGUCGAUGCCGCGCGAUAUGAAAAGGAGUCGCGGUACUGGAGGAACCUGUUCCGAAAGGAACAGGCAUCAUAUAUGAAUGGAACAGACACAGGGUUCACUGGAUUUUUCCAGCCAAAGUAUCUCAACGGUACUUGGGGAUAUCAAGAUCCUCUCAAAUGCUCGAACAUUGACAACAGUGGAAGUAUCUGCUCCCUCCAGAACACCGCGGGGGAGACCUUUGAGUCCAGUAUCUGGGAAUACCAAUUCUUCGUACCUCACGAUAUGGCCGCUCUCAUCCCCCUUCUCGGAGGACCUUCCAGCUUCGUCCGACGGCUAGAUUAUCUCCACGACCAGAAGAUCACCUACAUCGGAAACGAGCCGGCUUUCCUGACAGUAUUCCAAUAUCACUACGCUGGCCGUCCAGCCAAAUCCACCGCUCGAGUUCGCACCUACAUCCCGGAAUACUUCUCUCCCACCCCGACAGGUCUACCCGGCAACGACGACUCCGGAGCCAUGGGCUCAUUUGUCGCCAUGUCAAUGAUGGGUCUCUUCCCGAACCCAGGUCAAAGCGUCUACCUCCUCACCGUGCCCUUCUUUGAAUCUGUCAGCAUCGUCUCGCCUAUCACCGGCAAGACGGCCACCUUACGCGUGACCAACUGGGACAAGUUCAACUCCCUCAACAACACCGGCGGCACUGGCUUCAUCCAGUCCGCAACCUUGAACGGUCAGCCUUAUACUAAGAACUGGGUGUCCCACGAUUUCUUCACCGAGGGUCAAGAUCUGGUUCUUGUCCUUGGCAAGAAUGAAAGUACCUGGGGUACUCAGCCGGAAGAUCUUCCUCCUUCCCUGUCUGAUUCAUCUGAUAUCCUGGCUCGUGGCAUGGAUGGUGGUUUAGAAAACUUCGAGCAACCUGAUCUUCUGGGCAUGGGUGCUCGGCACCGUGUUCGACAUGUCAGAAGCGCGAAUCACCAUGCCCGCUCUGCGAAGCAGUCGAAUUGGCAGAAG